GUUGGAUCCAACUUACGGGUUGUUGCUUUAAUCACAUUUCUACAAAGAUCCUACUAUUUUAAACUCCUCUCAGCUGCUGUUACAUCCUUCUUGGAUGGGGACUGGAGACCAGCCAGAUCAGUUGUAUGCACAAAGCGGCUUUGGAUCUGUCUUUUCAAACAAGAGCUGCAGAAAACGUUAUAGCAAGGUUGACGCUUUAUUCCACUCUGAUUCACCCAGAAAGCACAACCCUGAUUUUGCCUGAGAAGGACUACUAACAGAACCUGAAACUGUAUCAACAUUUUCUGUACAGGACAGAUUCUGACAGCUUCUUUCUUAAGAUUAAUCUCCAACCUCAAAAAUCCCUGCAGCGGAACUCACCAACUAGCUUCCCUCUUCCGGUUCAGGGGCUGAUACUUCAGCAACAAAUGAUGAAUGGCAGGAUAGAAUGUUUAAGUUUUAUCAAAUGAAGCACAUUUUUGAAAUACUCGAUAAAAUGAGAUGCCUGCGAAAACGUUCCACAGUGUCAUUCUUGGGAGUUCUUGUCAUUUUCCUUCUCUUUAUGAACUUGUACAUUGAAGACAGCUAUGUUCUGGAAGGAGACAAACAACUUAUAAGGGAAACAUCCACACACCAGCUGAAUUCAGAACGUUAUGUGCACACUUUCAAAGAUUUAUCUAAUUUCUCAGGAGCCAUCAAUGUCACCUAUCGCUACUUAGCUGCCACGCCUUUACAAAGAAAGCGGUUUCUUACAAUUGGACUUUCAUCAGUGAAACGAAAAAAAGGAAACUAUUUACUUGAGACGAUCAAGUCAAUUUUUGAGCAAUCCAGCUACGAAGAGCUGAAGGAAAUUUCAGUGGUGGUUCACCUGGCAGACUUUAAUUCAUCCUGGCGUGAUGUCAUGGUCCAGGAUAUUACACAGAAAUUUGCCCACCAUAUUAUUGCAGGAAGAUUAAUAGUUAUACAUGCUCCAGAGGAAUAUUACCCAAUCCUGGAUGGCCUUAAAAGAAAUUACAAUGAUCCAGAAGACAGAGUCAGAUUUCGUUCUAAGCAAAAUGUAGAUUAUGCUUUUCUGCUUAAUUUUUGUGCCAAUACUUCAGACUAUUAUGUAAUGCUUGAAGAUGACGUUCGAUGUUCAAAAAAUUUCUUAACUGCCAUCAAGAAAGUCAUUACAUCCCUAGAAGGAACCUACUGGGUAACUCUUGAGUUCUCUAAGCUUGGCUACAUUGGAAAACUUUAUCACUCUCAUGAUCUCCCACGUUUGGCACACUUUUUAUUAAUGUUUUAUCAAGAAAUGCCUUGUGAUUGGCUAUUGACUCAUUUUCGGGGUCUUUUAGCUCAGAAAAAUGUGAUCCGUUUUAAACCAUCUCUCUUUCAGCACAUGGGUUAUUAUUCAUCGUAUAAAGGGACUGAGAAUAAGCUGAAAGAUGAUGAUUUUGAAGAAGAGUCAUUUGACAUCCCUGAUAACCCUCCUGCAAAUCUCUACACCAAUAUGAAUGUUUUCGAAAAUUAUGAAGCAAGCAAGGCUUAUAGUAGUGUUGAUGAGUACUUUUGGGGGAAACCACCUUCAGUAGGAGAUGUCUUUGUGAUUAUAUUUGAGAACCCAAUUUUAAUUAAAAAAAUUAAAGUGAGUACUGGAACAGAAGAUCGGCAAAAUGACAUUUUACAUCAUGGAGCCCUAGAUGUUGGGGAAAAUGUUGUAGAUUUCAAACAAAGUAGACACUGUGUUACUUACUUAAGACUAGGGGAAUUCAAAAAUGGAAACUUUGAAAUGUCAGAGGUGAAUCAAAAAAUUCCAUUUGACAUAAAUUGUAUAAGGAUAUAUGUUACCAAAACACAAAAAGAAUGGCUGAUUAUUAGGAGCAUUAGCAUUUGGACUUUUUAACCAAUUAAAUCGAUAUGUCCAGCUAUCGAAGCAGGCUUUCCUGUUUCCUUUUUUGCUACCUUCCCUUUUGCUAUUGUUUGUUGGAGGGAAAGCAAUGGAUGGGAUAUUUUCAAGGAAAGGUCUAAUCAUUUUGGCAGUUUUGAUUUUCGUAUUGUCAACAUAAUUUUA